AUGGCCGUCGCGCGCGAGCGCGUCUUCGACAUCAUCUGGCACAUCCCCCUGGAGUUCGAGAGGCUCAACUUCUACGGCGGGAUGCUCUGCAUGGACGCCACGUUGGGAGUGGUGACCAGCCUGCCCGUGCGCGUGGUGUGCCAGACGGCGAGGCUGAUAAUGUCCCCAGCGCUCGGGGUGGUGAGCGCGGUGGGAACGUUGGUGUCGCCGUCGCCGUCGACAAAGACCAAGGGCGGAACCAUAGGAAGCCCGGGCUCGAGACGACGAUUCAACAACGGGGAUUCAGGCCGGACGACGAGCCGCAAGCGACGAACCUGGGGCUUUCACCCGUACGCCAGGGAGCACCUGAGCGACUCGCUGUGGCUGUUCAUGCUCCUCGCCGCGUUUGCGGCGGCCAAGCUGGUGGACGUGUCCGUGGUGUACCACUACAUCCGCGGUCAGGAGGUGAUAAAGCUGUACCUCGCGUGCUCGGUGCUGGAGUGCUUCGAUAAGCUGUGCUGCGCGUUCAACUGUCACGUGCUGGACGCGCUGCAGAACUCGGUGUACAUCCUGGUUAACACGGCGCAGGAGGAUUGCAGCACGGCGGAGUUGAUCAACGCGACUUUUCAGUUGGCGUUUGACGCCGCGCUCACGCUCGCGGCGACGUGCGCGCACGCGAUGAUCAUGCUCACGCACGCGGUGACCCUAUCCGUGGCGAUUAACUCGCACACCAACGCCAUGCUGCUCGUCCUGAUCUCCAACAACUUUGGAGAGAUCAAGAGCCACAUCUUCAAAAAGAUGGACGCCGCGAAGCUCUUCUCGGUGGCGAGGCUCGACAUCGUGGAGCGCGUGCACCUCAGCAUAUGCCUCGUUUUCGUCGCCGCGCAGCGGGUCACCGCCGCUGGGAGCGUGGCGGGCGGAUUGACGCGCAAGAUGCUCAAGGACUCGCUCAUGGUGCUGUCUUCGGAGAUUGUCGUGGACGUGUUCAAGCACGCGUUCAUGUCAAAGUUUAACAACAUUCGACCGAGGGUGUACCGCGGGUUCCUGCGACAGCUGUGCAGGGAGCACGUCAAGCUGGCGCAGUCAUACAGGCUGCACAGGGUGGUGGGGUUCGUGCCUCUGGCGCCCGCGGCGGUGCUCAUGAAGGUGUUGCCGGACCUUUACAGGACACUGUUCCCGUCGAACAGCUCGGGCGACUUUGACUCUGGGUUUAUGGACGAGGCGACUCCGGCGGCGGCGGGCGGCGGCGGGGGAUGGUUCGGGAACAUGAGGCUGGAGGCGGGCAUCCUCGGCCUCGUCCCGGACCCGUCAUCGUUCGCGGCGUACGUGCUGUUCUUCGCGCUGCUCGUGGCGUUCAAACUGGCGUUCGGCGUGGCGCUGCACUGGCUGGGGGCGCACAUGCUCGAGACCCUCCACGGCGGCGAGAACGAACGGUCGACGUCGCGGGUUGGCUCACCGAAAAAGGGAGCCGCGACAGCUGUGCCGGGAGGAGGAGGCGGUGUGCUGGGAGGAGGAGGUGGGGGUGACCGGCGUUCCGAGAGAGGUCACGCGUUUGUACAGAGGAGCCUGUUCGAACCUAACGCGUCGUCCGGGCCGGCAAACGGCGACGGCCGCGCUUCGGCGGAUGGGGUCGGCAAGGAGGACGGGGUUGGCGUCGGCGGCGAUUGGGGAAGGAGCGGCGAUUGGGGCGGCGCGGCGCCGGAGAGCCCGACGAGGCGCAAGGAGAGAAGGCCGCCGACGCCCAAGAGCCCGCAGUACCCGCUGUGGUCCGCGGGAGGGUUCUGA